CAGCGUCAGUGAAGCCUCAGCAAAAAGGACCUACGGAUUUCAUGAGCUCAGGGCAAAAAAAUAGAAGAACCAAAAAAAAACAAAAAAAAAACAAGAGUGGUGAGGGGAAGCGAGUGAUGACGAAGAGCAGGAAAAUGUGAUGGUGUGAGAGUUCAGACAGUGCUGGAAACUUUCAUCAGAGGAUCUGUGAAGCUGAGGAGGAAGGGGGGACGUGCAUAAAAGAUAACAACCCCGAGUCAUUCACUCAAUCGUCGGAUACACCGGGAGGGAAAUAAUGGAUCUGGCCCUGACCCUUCACGUGCUCCUACUUCUCUGUUCUCUCACUGCUGUGGCUUGGGCGUGUCCCGAUGGAUGUAAAUGUCAAGGAACCAAAGUUUUCUGCAGUGGCCUCUCAGACUUCCCCUCAACCAUGCCCUCCUCUACCACCGCCCUCUACUUCGCCGACUGUAGUAUCGACUCCCUGAAACCAGAGGACCUGGCUGAUUUCUCCAAUGCCCUCAGCAUCUUUGUGAUCAAAGACACUGUCUUGAGGGAAGUGCGCCUCGGCACAUUUGAUUCCACCACGAACAUAGGGGCUUUAGGGUUUACUGGCACCGAACUGCAAGAUCUCCCUGAGAACUUAUUCCAAAAUCUUCAGAAGCUUGAGAGUCUGAAUCUGAAGAGCAAUAGGCUUCUGGUACUCCGACCUAACUGGUUCUCCCAGCUGGCAGAUCUUAAAGUCCUUGACAUCAGUAAGAACCUGUUCACCUCUGUGCCUGUGGAAACUUUCCAGCCUCUUGUUGAGCUCCAGUACCUAAUGCUUUCCGCAAACAACAUCAGUCAACUCUCUAAAGACACAUUCAAGGGCCUCUCUAAGCUGAGGACCUUACGACUUAACAAAAACUCAAUACAGGGACUCCCCAUUGGCAUAUUUGAUGACCUUCGAAACCUGGAGGAACUAUCCCUACAUGACAAUAUGAUCACUCAUCUCUCCCAAGACCUGUUCUCUAAUAGUCUGAAACUCCAGAAGCUGUUCCUCUCUAACAACAGACUCACAUCUCUUCCGCAAGGGAUCUUCUUAAACCUCCCCCUCCUCUCCCAGAUCUCCCUGUAUGAAAACCAGCUGGAGAGUCUGGGACCAGGGGUGUUUGGACCCAUGGCCCUGCGGGACUUGUGGCUGUAUGACAACAAGCUGAGUCGUGUGGAGGAUGACACGUUUAAGAACUUGACUCAGCUGCGUCUGCUGGUGCUCAGUCGCAACCAGAUCAGCCACGUGUCCACCAAGGCUUUUAGCGGGUUGGAGAUGCUGGGAGAGGUAUCACUUCACACCAAUCGGCUCACAGCCCUUCAAGCUGGGACUUUCCAAGGUCUGCCCAGACUGAUCAACAUUUCCUUGGAGCACAACUUCAUCAACUCCCUCCCUUUGGGUUUUCUUCAGGGCCUGAGCCAUCUGGGACAGAUAGACCUGCGAAAUAACUCCUUUCCCAACCUGCCACAGGAGAGUCUGGAUGCCCUCACUGUCGCAUCUGAAGUACUCCUGCAGCAGAACCCCUGGAGGUGUGACAAGGAUAUUCUGCCACUCAGAGACUGGCUGAAACAGCACCCAUCCAAAGCCAACCAAACUCUUGUGGUCUGUGAAACGCCUUUCAGUCUGAAUGGCGAGCCAGUUGCCCUGCUGACUGAUGAAAACGUGACUCUUCUCAGCUCUACUGAGGCACCUGUUUGGACCUCAACGGAGAAGAGGAGGAAACCCAACACACAUCCACCUAGACGAAGCACUUCCUCACCGGCUGUCAAGACCACCCCAACAUCAGAGUAUGAGGGGGUCACCAGCGGAGGACAAGGAGAGAAGGAAACUUUUUCUAAUAACACUUCGCUCAUCCUCAUCAUCGUUGCAGCAGUGUCCACUGUCAUCAUCAGCACUGUCAUCGUCAGCUGUCUGUGCUGGAAGAGGAACAAGAGAGGCAGAGGAAACAUAGGUAGCAGAAAUAAGAACUCUGUGCUGUAGAGUAGACAAUCCGAUAUCCCAGAAACCCAAGGACUUCAAUGUCAAGGGGGAAACUGCUCACUGAUUACAGUGGUUUACUCAGAAAUUGUGGAGCUUAGCGUUGAUUUUAGAGCCUCAACGGCAACAGAAAUAACCACUUUAGCUCCAUUCAGAAGAACCAACUAGAUCAAACAACUUUCAAGCUGUAAUGAUGAAAUGUACCACAUUUGCCAGUACUCUUUUCAUGUGUGCUGUAAAAAAAAUGGACAGUGUAUGUACUAACUGUAAAAACAGGCAACCUGGACAUUUUACUGAUUGUAACCUAAGAUGCACUAAAACAGUGUUCUACUCUUCAGUGACACCGUAUAUAUAUGGGUAUUCAACAUUAACUUGUUAAAUAAGUUGCUUAUUAACAUCCAUACAAAUGCAAUAUUGGUUGUUUAAAGUACAUAUUAAUGUCUUAUUCUGAAAUAACUACUAUGCCAAUAACUAAUUUGCUAAUAGUUUGGCACCCACACAGUCACAUUAGAAUUGGGAACAUAUUGCGAUAAACUAAAUUUCAUGUUAUUUGGACAAACUGUGUUUUAAGAACAGACCAUAUCUAUUAAAUGUUAUGAGGGGAUAAUUAUAGGUCUUGCAGGAAUUCCACCUUAUAAGACUCGUACUGAGUAAAACAUAUUUCAAUUGUGUACAACAACCUCCUUACUUACCUCUUUCCCUCCUACUUAUGUAUAUGAUAAUAAGCAACUAGUUAAUGGUUACAGUAAUGUGUGCCCUACAGGUCUCUUUGGGAAAUUAAGAAUGCAUUCAGUACUUCUUCAAACUUUUUCAUUAUUCUUUUUCUUUCUACAGUACUAAUAGUUGCAGUUGGACAAUGGCUUUUCGUGCUAACAACAAUACAUACAAUAAAUACAUACGAGGAGUUUUGCAAAAUGGCUAUCCAUGAAAAAUCAAACGUCAAUCUUGACUCCAGUGUAAAAUAUAAAUGCUAUGGCUUCCACACUUACAAUGCAAAAUGCUACAAUACAAUAAAUGCACUACUUUUAGUGGGAGCAAUCUUGUGUUGUCAUCAUCAUUUACUGAAUUAAGUGUUAAAUUGCAUUCAUCUCCUUGAAGCAAGUGAUUCUCAGGAGUGUAUGGGGGAGUAAACUCCUCUCAAAGUUACUCUACUCACAAAUAAAGACUCACUUAUAAAAAUAGGAAGUUGCAUCACACUGACAGAUUGCGUUGUACAUCAGAUGGAAAGAAAAGGAAAAAGAAGCAGCCAAGCACCCAGCAGUAUUAAGAUUUGUUAUUUCAGUUGUGGCCCAUGCUUCACAUGAUGAUUAUCCUACUGUUAUUCGAAUUGUUAACAGACAGGAUUUUAAAUAAAGACUAAGUUUCUGAUUAUGUUGAUUGUGCCAGUUCGGUUUGUGGAAGGCCCCAAAAAACAAAACAAGUCCAGCCUGAGAAGAUUUUCUGAGCAGACUGGGAGGCUAAACUUUUCUUUUGUUGUUGUUGUUGCUGUUUUUUUUUUGUUUUGUUUUUUAAAUAAACACAGACUAGUAAACAUGUCACUUACCUAA